CGACAUUUCUCGGAGUUUGUGGUUGCGUUGCGGUUCAAAAUUUCCUUCGUUGACCGUCGCCCAAAGUUCCUUUUUGAUUCCGGACGGAAGGUUAUUGAAACUGUUGGUGUAUAAUUGAACAUGCGAACUGAGAGUUAAAAUUUUUUCAGAACCGAAUAUGUAUUGAGGACAGGUACGGGACGUAAAGGAAUGCAUAUUCUUUACAUUCCGUGUUUCAUGAGCAAAGAACAAUUAUGCCCAUGUGCACGUUUCAUGACGUACACCGAUUGACCCACUAGUCACCAUCGGUCACAAUGUCCUUAAUGGGGAUGAUGGGGAUGUUGCAAUCGUUUCUCUAACGAUCAAGAUGGUGACCUUGUCCACGGGCAGUGUUAUUCUGGUGAAUGUAGCCAAAUUUUUGACGCGACGGGCAUUUUCAACUUCAAGAAUUGUCGAAGCGCAGCAGAUGACAGUACGAGAUGCUCUCAAUACUGGUUUGGAUGAAGAAAUGGAGCGUGAUGAACGAGUGUUUCUUCUGGGUGAGGAAGUGGCAAUGUAUGAUGGAGCCUAUAAAAUAUCACGUGGACUGUGGAAGAAAUAUGGAGACAAAAGAGUUAUUGAUACACCAAUAACAGAAAUGGGAUUUGCUGGAAUAGCAGUUGGAGCUGCAAUGGCUGGCUUACGUCCUGUCUGUGAAUUUAUGACUUUCAACUUCUCAAUGCAAGCGAUCGAUCAAGUUAUAAACUCUGCAGCCAAGACGUUUUAUAUGUCAGCAGGCAAAGUGAAUGUGCCAAUAGUUUUCCGUGGACCAAAUGGGGCUGCAGCAGGUGUUGCAGCACAACAUUCACAAUGUUUUGGAGCUUGGUAUAGUCAUUGCCCAGGACUAAAGGUGGUCUCCCCCUACACAGCUGAAGAUCACAAAGGCUUGAUAAAAGCAGCAAUUCGUGACCCAGAUCCAGUUGUGGUACUGGAGAACGAGAUUUUAUAUGGUGUUGCAUUUCCUGUAUCAGAUGAAGCCAUGUCUAAAGAUUUUCUUGUGCCAAUAGGAAAGGCAAAAAUAGAGCGCCCAGGAAGCCACAUAACAUUGGUUGCACAUUCAAGGGCUGUGGAACUCUCACUUGAUGCAGCAAAGGAACUUGCAGGGGAAGGGAUUGAGUGCGAGGUCAUAAACUUGAGAUCCAUUAGACCGUUGGAUGAAGAAACAAUAGUAAAAAGUGUGAUAAAAACAAACCAUCUAAUAACAGUUGAGCAAGGUUGGCCACAGUGUGGAAUUGGUUCAGAAGUAUGUGCUAGAAUAAUGGAGAGUGAAGCAUUCUACCAUUUGGAUGCACCUGUGAUACGUGUGACAGGUGUUGAUGCACCAAUGCCAUACACCAAGAGCUUAGAGUUAGCUGCACUGCCGCAACCACAUGACAUUGUCCGAGCUGUUAAGCGAGUUCUUAAUGUAAAGUGAUAAAUGACUUAUGUCUUAUUUUUAAUUUAGAAUGUAGUUUGGUUAUCAUGUAGUUAUGAAAACAAUAUUUUAUAACUCAUCAGUACAUUUUACUUCUGGUUGGCACCCAUUGUUAUGUGUUAAAUUCUUUCUGCUGUAUGAAUAAAGUACUCCUUCCUGCUAUUCUUUUCAUGAUUUAUUUUUUAUUCUCUCAGAGGAUUAAGAUGAGAUGGAGCUAAGAAAUAACUGGAAAAGGUACAUGCCCUUACUUUCGGCUUGCUUUUUUAUCUUCACCGUUGUUUAUUUACUUUCUCCCUUCUUUCCUUUCUCAGUUUUUUUUCUUUGGCCCUUUCUUAUAGGCUUUUAAAGUGUGCAAGUUCAAAAAUAAAGGAAACGGCUUUAACUUCAAAAUGCAAAAGUGAUUUCAUAACAAAAAUUAACAUGAAAUACCUUUCGAAGGUAUUAGGGAAUACUGAUGUGAUUUAAGAAUUAGCAUUAAUUCCUUACAAACUGUAAAUUUCAAAAUUGUAUUUAAUACAUAUAAUUAAAAAUUAUGCAGUGACUGUCAGAAGUGUCAUGUGACAUGUAAGGUCCGCCCAGUUAUUUCUGUCACAAGGCUAGAAAUACUAUUCUGUCAUUUCCCAGCUUUCUCAGACCCUGUGACAUAGUAGUCCCAGUGGACUGAAUUUUUAUGCAAUAUAUUUUUGAAAAUAGUGACAGUAAAAUUACAGAAAUAUUAUAAACAUGGAAAAAGGUAGAAAUGUAACAUAACAAAAUAUGCGUACUGAUAAGGGUAUAACAUUUCAUAUGUUUCAAAAUUUGUACAGUUGUGUAACAAUAUUAAGCUAUCAGUAAACAAGUGAAUAAUAAGUGGCACCAAACUGUGUUCCUAAGUUCAGUGGAAGUGUUUGUACAUAGAAUGUUAAAGUAACGCACAGGUGUAGCUGAUAUGGAAUGCAAUGCACUAAGCAGUUCUGUAGUCUGAUGGCUUUUCACUGCCUUAAUUACACUGUUAUAUUAGUUCCCUGCUGUAUGUCUGUAUGUGGUAAUGCCCAGGAGCAUACUUGUUUGACAGUUCUCUGGUAUGGUCUUGGUCACAUAUAGGUAAUGAUCUGAUAUUUGUAAAUGCUGAGCUAUGCUUAGAAUUGCAGGUAAUUUCAGAAUGUAAUCCUUGGUGUGCACUGAUUAUGUGCUGCUUGAACAUAAAUAUUAAUGUUGAAUUUAUUCAUGCAACACAUGACUCAUUAUCAGUCACAAGAAGUUCAAAUGAUAUGUUAGAAAGCACAAAGUUAUGUACUGGGUUACAUCCAGACAUUAUACUGAGGCUGUGGCAGAAAGUCCUGUGGAUAAUGGGAUGUGGUCAUGCCCAAGGUCUGCUCCUUUCUGCCUACUGAUCAUUUUCCUCCAGUGCUGUAUGGCAUGUCAGCAAGCCCAAAGCACAUGCCACUAUUGAAGAUCAUCACUACCAACAUUCCUGUGAACAGAAUUGCUAUUAAACAUUACUUAGAGGGCAAUAUUGGGAUGUAUGCUGGAGAGGGAAGCAUAGCAGUUUGAUGAAUAUGUGGAGGGAAAUUGUCCUUGGGCCCAGUGUAUUUUGCAUUCAUUGACAUCCAAGUCAUUUUUCUGCUCAAAUAAAUGUAAUUAAGUCUGUAGGUAAGAUCAUAACUAAUGAAUAGUUUAUUUAAUUAAUCUAGGAAUAUUUUAAUGUUAUUGUAUCACCCUAAUUAUUGAUGCUAGAUAUAUGCCAGAUGUUCACUCUUCCGAAAUAUCAAAGAAGAACCUGGAACGGCGUUGAUCACAUAUAACAAAUAUAUACUAGUAGUUAAAGAAAGUAAAAUAUAAAUUAAUAAUUGGUUAAGAGUGGAAAAUAUCUGCAUAACUGAAUUAUAUGUAUGUGUGCAUGUAUGUAUCAUCAAAUGCCUGGGCUUUAUUUUCUAGGCAGUUACUGAUGUAGGUGGAAUGAUACUUGAAUUGUUUUGACAAAUGAUACUGUAACUUUGUUAAAGUGCACUUCCAGCAAAGCCAUCUACAACUGUUAACAGAGCUGUACCUUGGCUGUACAGUUUCUUGAUUUGAGUAAUUUUCAGCUUACACUUUAUGAAAGUAAACCACAAAACAUGUUUUUCAUUUUUUUUUUUAUGAAAAUAUGUAUCAUGUGUUGUACCAUUGGCUACCACAGAAAGAAACACAGUGUAGUACAUUUAUGUUGGCAGUGUAUACGUUGUAGAACUGUAUGAAUAUAGCAGCGUUCUUCCAAACAGAUAUUCAUUAAUUGUAAUCGGUAUGAAGUUCACAGUGUUUUAAUAGAAACUUUUGCAACCAUGUCAUGUUUGUGUCAUGUGAUACAUAUGGAGAUGCAAGUUCUUCAACAAAAAGUAGCUUUCAUUCUGAUGAUGAAUUAGAUAUGUAAUGUAAAACUGAUAUGAAAAUAAACAGUGAACCAUUUUUUGGGACUGGA